AUGCUAAAAUCAAAUCAAUUACAAGAACCAGAAAUUAAUAGAGAAGUAAUCGAUAAUGUUGAUGAAGUUAAUGGAAUUGCUGGUGGUGAUGAUAUAAUCCAUGACAAUAUUUCUAUCGAGGCGGAAGAAACAAAUAACAAUCAAUCAGAAAAUAGAACUAGAAGAUCAUAUCGGUAUAAGCCAGGAACAGUGGCCUUACCUCAAAGUAUUAGACCGGAUAUUCAUUUCCAAUCUAUUGCAAUUAGUGCUCUACAAGAAGCUUCCGAGUCCUAUUUGGUUUCUUUAUUUGAAGACACAAAUCUAGCUGCUAUUCAUGGGAUGUAG